GCGCGAGCGAGCGAGCGAGCGAGAUGCGGCGACGAUGACGUCACUCGGUGGGCGGGGCCGAGGCGGGAGCGCGCUUCGCCGCCGCCGCCGCCGCAACGGCCUGAGGGAGCGCGGGGCUCGGUGAGGAGCGGAGCCGGAGCGGCCGCGAUGACCAGCUCACCCGCAUCAAGGAUUGUUUAUAAUGGCAAACGAAACAAUGGACCACGGUCUCCAACGAACACCGCACCACAGGAGAUUUAUACACCAGCACAUGAGGAAAAUGUCAGAUUUAUACAUGAAGCUUGGCAGUGUGUGGAGCGAGAGCUGAGGAGUCAGAUGUCAGGAAGCGAACGAGGACCUGUCCAGUAUGUAGAGAAGAAUCCAAAUCCAAAUCUGAACAAUUUCACACCUGUUGAUCUGAGUGACCUGAAGAAGAGGAGUUUGUCAGAUGCUAAGAAAUCUUAAGGGAUGUUGUUGGCCGUGUUUGAUCUUUCCUUCAACAUCCCGCUGGAGCUUCCUUUUUGAAGUUUGUUUUCUUUCAUCUUUGACUUGGAGAGGAAUCCGGAACUGCCCACUUUCUUCCACAAGAAUGGAUGCCUGUCAGUUCCGUCCAACUGACGCGAGGAUGCAUGCAUUCAGCAUGUCAACAAAAGUUCGUCGACGGUGCUAAUUUUAACUGAUUUUGUCCAUCUCUCUCUCUCUCUCCACCAUUGCUGUCAAGAACUAUGCUCCAUUUGACAAAUUAAGGUCACGACUCACUCCUGCGUUUAGGAGGAGUAUAAUGCCCCUGGGAGGCAUGUCUCAAACCUUACAUACUGGGCUCAGAUUGUAUGGUUUCCGUCAUUUACUUGGCCCUAGCUGCCAAGCUGGGUCUCCUGAAUAGUCCUGUUUAGAGCUGGUGGAGGGGGAAGGGGAAGAGUCUGCCUAUUGAAUGGUCCAGAAACCUUAAUGACUAAGAUUUGUUUGUUUUAAAAAUUCCAUCUGCACAGUUCAAAGUUGGCAAUGGACUUGGCAACUGGUAAAACAUACUGACUGAUUUGCACAGACCCAGUACUGAAGUGAGGAAAAUAAAAGCCCAACUUAACUGACAUGACUGAAAGCAACGAGCUGUGUGAUAGGAUUGUAUAACAGAGCAGUUUACAGGCCACAAAUUUGAGUCAUCUUAGGUUUAUAUUCCAGAGAUUACUUUCAAAUUAGUCUUAAUUUUUAAAAAAAAAUUAAUAGUGGAGUUUGGUUGGUGAUGGUGGGGGAGGAGGAGGGGCUGUGGAGAGGAUAACCUUGUGUUUUUUUUUAAUUUUGUAUUUCUACACUCCUCAACACAUGACCAACAUUGUCAGGGUGGCUGAGUGGAAAUGUAGACGUGUCAGUGAUGGCUCAGCAUGCUCGAUGUCUGAUAUCAUCCCUUCCUCUGGUCUGGCGCUGUGUGUUCUCCAGGUAUCACCGAUGACAUGGCAGAGCUUGCAAGGAUUCCAGCAGGUGGGUUUGAAUGGCCUGUAUCAUCAGGCCACAAAUCCAUAAAUAUUCUGAUGGAAAGUGGGCACUUGACUGCCUAGAAACCCGGGCAACUCCUAGGUGUCCUCUAGUUUCUGAACAGUUUGUGGGUGACUCUCCUGCAAUGCAAGUCUUUCAUCAGAAGCUUCCAAAGUAAAUUUUUUAACCCCUUCAGCUGCAUCCUGGUCACCAAAAGGUGCGGGCUGCAAAUUGUUUUUAACGUUGGCAACCUGUCUAAGUGAAGAAUGAUAUAUUGAAAAGCUACUCUGUCUGUACUCCACUGUAAUAUGGACACAUCCUAUUUAAGCUGAAAGGAUGGUGUUUGUUAGAAGAAUUGUAUAAUUUAGCAAUCUUCCUGAUGUAUAAGUGAGGGAGGAAUUGUAAAUAAAACUUGACUUCAUUUGUGAGUCCUAUCUGUG